GUUGUGGGAGUAAGGGAUUGGCAUUGUAGAGGAUGAAUGGAGUCUAUCCACAUGUGUAAAACUUAGAUAAUGUAAAAGAAUACAUUUAUGUGUGAAUAAGGUUAUAAAUAACGAGCUUAAUGGUUAGUAGUAAUGAUGUAAAAUAAUUUUUCGUUGUGAGGCAAUAAAGUCUAAGAAAUUUACCGGGAAGGAACAUGUUUGAAUUGAAAGGAACCGCAACUUGAUAUGUAAUUGGAAUUAGAAAGAGAGCAGAGAAGGGGAUAUAGAUGCGCGUGGCAGCUGGAGUGAAAUGUUUGUUGAGAGUCAGACAAUGGAAUUGGAGAGUUCAGGGGACGAAGCAUUACUCUAGCGAAAGGGUCCUUCAGUUUUAUGCUUCUUUCAUGAAUUCAGGGCAUUCCCCUGACCAAUUCACUUUCGCAGUCACUUUGUCCGCUUGUGCAAAACUCCAGAAUCUUCAUUUGGGCAGGGCAGUUCACUCUUGUGUAAUUAAGAGCGGCCUUGAAUCCACCUCCUUCUGUCAAGGCGCUCUUAUCCAUCUCUACGCCAAAUGCAACUCACUCACUUGUGCUCGCACCAUAUUCGCAUCUGCACCAUUCCCCCACCUCCACACUGUUUCUUGGACCGCUUUAAUCUCUGGCUACGUUCAAGCCGGCUUGCCCCACGAGGCACUCCACAUAUUUGACAAAAUGCGCAACAGUGCUGUUCCAGACCAAGUGGCGCUUGUCACCGUCUUAAAUGCUUACAUCUCUUUAGGAAAGCUGGAUGAUGCCUGCCAAUUGUUUCAACAGAUGCCCAUCCCCAUCCGCAAUGUUGUCGCAUGGAAUGUCAUGAUUUCUGGUCAUGCCAAGACAGCCCAUUAUGAGGAGGCUCUUGCCUUCUUUCAUCAAAUGAGUAAGCAUGGGGUCAAAUCCUCAAGAUCCACACUCGCAAGUGUUUUAAGUGCAAUUGCCAGCUUAGCUGCCCUCAAUCAUGGCUUGCUAGUUCAUGCACAUGCUAUUAAGCAAGGUUUUGAAUCCAGUAUAUAUGUUGCAAGUUCUUUGAUCAAUAUGUAUGGUAAGUGUCAAAUGCCAGAUGAUGCACGCCAAGUAUUUGAUGCUAUAUCUCAGAAAAAUAUGAUUGUCUGGAAUGCCAUGCUUGGAGUUUAUUCACAGAAUGGCUUUUUAAGUAAUGUCAUGGAGUUGUUUUUGGAUAUGAUAUCUUGUGGCAUUCACCCAGAUGAAUUUACCUACACUAGCAUUUUGAGCACAUGCGCAUGCUUUGAAUAUCUAGAAGUUGGCCGCCAGUUGCAUUCAGCUAUUAUCAAGAAAAGAUUUACCUCCAAUUUAUUUGUCAACAAUGCGUUGAUAGAUAUGUAUGCUAAGGCUGGGGCUUUGAAGGAAGCCGGCAAACACUUUGAGCACAUGACAUACCGAGAUCAUAUUUCCUGGAAUGCCAUUAUUGUUGGAUAUGUGCAAGAAGAAGUGGAAGCUGGUGCUUUUAGUUUGUUUCGGAGAAUGAUUUUAGAUGGUAUUGUACCUGACGAGGUAUCUUUGGCCAGUAUACUUAGUGCUUGUGGAAAUAUUAAGGUACUAGAAGCAGGACAGCAGUUCCAUUGCCUGUCAGUUAAGUUGGGUCUUGAAACAAACCUUUUUGCUGGAAGUUCUCUUAUUGACAUGUAUUCCAAGUGCGGGGAUAUCAAAGAUGCACAUAAAACUUAUUCUAGCAUGCCUGAGCGGAGUGUGGUCUCUGUGAAUGCUCUGAUUGCAGGAUAUGCUCUAAAAAACACAAAAGAAUCUAUUAAUCUUCUUCAUGAGAUGCAGAUAUUGGGACUGAAGCCAUCUGAGAUUACAUUUGCAAGCCUCAUAGAUGUUUGUAAGGGUUCUGCCAAGGUAAUUUUAGGCUUGCAGAUCCAUUGUGCUAUAGUGAAGAGGGGUCUUUUAUGUGGUAGUGAAUUCUUAGGGACCUCUUUGUUGGGCAUGUAUAUGGACUCACAAAGGCUUGCAGAUGCAAACAUUCUUUUCUCGGAGUUUUCUAGCCUUAAAAGCAUUGUAAUGUGGACCGCUUUAAUUUCAGGACAUAUUCAAAAUGAGUGCAGUGAUGUGGCCUUAAACUUGUAUCGAGAAAUGCGUGACAACAAUAUCUCACCUGACCAAGCAACAUUUGUUACUGUUCUUCAAGCGUGUGCUCUCUUAUCCUCGUUGCAUGAUGGUAGAGAGAUACAUUCUCUAAUCUUCCAUACUGGUUUUGACUUGGAUGAGUUAACCAGCAGUGCCCUUGUAGACAUGUAUGCAAAAUGUGGGGAUGUAAAAAGUUCUGUUCAAGUUUUUGAAGAAUUGGCUACUAAAAAGGAUGUGAUUUCUUGGAAUUCAAUGAUAGUUGGAUUUGCCAAAAACGGUUAUGCAAAAUGCGCCCUGAAGGUCUUCGAUGAAAUGACUCAAUCAUGCAUUACCCCAGAUGAUGUCACAUUUCUUGGAGUGCUUACCGCUUGUAGCCAUGCAGGGUGGGUUUAUGAGGGUCGUCAAAUUUUUGAUGUCAUGGUAAAUUAUUAUGGCAUUGAGCCCCGAGUAGAUCACUAUGCCUGCAUGGUUGAUCUUCUUGGUAGGUGGGGUUUUCUCAAAGAAGCUGAAGAGUUCAUUGACAAACUUGAAGUUGAACCCAAUGCUAUGAUUUGGGCCAAUUUAUUGGGUGCUUGCAGAAUACAUGGGGAUGAAAAAAGGGGACAGAGGGCAGCUAAGAAACUUAUUGAACUAGAACCCCAAAGUUCUUCUCCAUAUGUACUGCUUUCUAAUAUGUAUGCUGCAUCAGGAAAUUGGGAUGAAGCUAGAUCUUUGAGGAGAACAAUGAUAAAGAAAGAUAUCCAAAAGAUUCCUGGGUGUAGCUGGAUUGUAGUCGGGCAAGAGACAAACCUAUUUGUUGCGGGUGAUAUAUCGCAUUCUAGUUAUGAUGAAAUUUCAAAAGCAUUAAAGCAUCUGACAGCACUAAUUAAAGACAACAACAGAUUCCAGGACAUUGUAAUUUCCUGGGUUGGUCAAAUUUAGUUAUUCAAUAUGAUCGGAAGUCAAGUGAUCAACUCAGAUUUGUUUCUUGACACAAAAGAACCUUACAUAAAGGAAAUAAUCAUAAAGGAUGAGUAUGGAUUUAUUGUUGUUUUUUGGUAAACAGUAGCAGUAUUAUUUGCAGUCAAAGAUGCUUGAUAAGUAGUCUUUUUACUCUGGAUAUUUAUUGCUGUGAACAAUAUCAUGGAAAAUGAGAACUAUAGAAGACCAAAAAGGUACUGUCAUAUGGCAAUAUAGGCGUUUCUUCUAGAAUCUGACUUAGAACUUGGAAGAUGUGUUUUCAUAAAGCGCUACAGAAAAUGCACAAUUAGAGGAGGAUUUGAAAGAUUUUUUUUUUCUUAAAUAUUUGUGAUACAGUAAUAUCUUGUGGACUGAACUUGUUUGGUGGAGGAAGGUUCUGCCAAGAAGUUUGAAGCUUAUGAAAGGAACCAUCCUCAUGAAUAGUAAAUUGAAGAUGAAUUAUAGUGAUCAAGGCACCAUAAUUUUAUCUUAUAUUACAAGACAAAUGUACCACUACUCUGCAUCAAGUAUCUUGUAGAUGCUCUAAGAUACAUGCGCAUGCGUACAGACUAACAUUUUCUAGAGGCUGAACUUUUUAUGGCAAAGCAGUCUUGGUAAGAGAAAUUUUUAGGUGUCUAAGGGAAAAGAGUUUUCCCUUGCUAUGUGCUAUUGAAUGUGUAUCACCUUAUCAUAUCGUUGAAAAUGUAGUGGAUUGGAUUGGAUAUAGAUAUAGUGACCCACAUAACUUAGGUGGUACACAUUCAGUAGUAUAGAGCAAAAGAAAUUUCUUAUUCCCAAAGUAGCUUGAAGUUUCUCCUUGUUUUAUGUACGUCACAGAUGGUGUUGGAAGAGAAAACAGCUUUUAUUACAAUUUAUCAAAGUUUUGGUUUUCAAGCUUGCUUGCGGUUAUUGUAAAUGGUUCUAAAGCAUUACCAGACUGAGUCUCAAGUGUAUUAGACGACCCUAUAUAUCUUUUCCUUUAAAUUGCUAGUAAGUGUGUCACUCUAUUGGAAGCUAUUGGCUUCUAUUGGAAGUUGGUGAAAAGAAAUGGGAUGCAACAUGAUAGAAUCUAUUUUAUCCAAUUCUAUCCAAUAUUCUCAUUUUCUUCCCUUCGAAUUUGGGGUAUGAUAUGGAAUCACUCUGACAGUGUUAUAAGGCUUCUCCUUCCAUCCAUCCACAUUCCAAACAACGGUAUGGAAACUUUAUUCCA